AUGACUAUAAACUGGGUGAGCCUAUUUCUCUCCAUUUUGUGGCUUUAUGUGCCAAGGUGGAGGAAUGAGAAAAGGAAAGGGUUGAGAAUUUUUGACGUGAAUUCUGUUGAGGGUGAAUGGAAUAAGGAGCGGGCUGCGGAGAGGGAGCCGAGGAGACCGAUCGGAGCGAGUCAAGUGAAAAUCGGGGAGGAUGGGUCAAUGGGCCUAAACUGGGGUAGGCACGAGAGGUGGAGGCGAGGUGGAGAUGCUUCCCAGAUAUGCGGCCAGAUAAGCGGUGAGAGAAGCGGCCAAGUGAAGAGCCAAGUUCAUAGGCAGCGUGAGAAGACAACGGAAGAGAGGAGGCAACCACUGGAAUCCUUUGCACAAACUAGACUAAAAUACCUUCACGUAAAGAGAGAACUGAACAGCGCCCUGCAGAUCAUGUUGAACCAGUACUGCCACCCGCACAUAUCAAGAUGCUUAGAAAUGACAAACCAUUGCUAUUGCUUCCAUAAAGGAAAAUUACAUAGACAUAUGAAUUACCCCCGAUGCGUAGACAACUGCGGCAAAAGGAUUAGAUGUUUUGGAUUCCCAGCAGGCGCUCCAGUUAAGGAUAUCCCAGGAGAAGUUCUAAAUAGAUUAAAGAUGAAAACUUGUGUCAUCUCGAGAAACCAAAGAAGAUUGGACAACCUAUGCGGUGAAAAUAAAGUGUUUCGUUUUCAUAGAAAUAAACAAUAUUGCAUUCCUCAUGAUCUGUUAGACAUGGACAGAAUUAGCAUCAGCUGUUUUAACGAAAUCAGUGCGAUAAGGCCUUGUGCAGGUUUUUUGGAAGAUACUCAAAAGGACCUUAAAAAAUUCGAAGUGCAUUAUAACAAAUUGGUGUGUUCCAUUUUGUACGAUGUGUGUAAUGAAGAAUUGGAAGGAAAUGGGCAACUCUACAGUGGGUGCCAAGACAGGUCGAUAUCAGGUCAGAGGUGCCUACCCUGGAGUUCUUUAAACGUAAAGGAAAUUUUAGGCUUAGAAUACACACAUAACUACUGUCGCAAUCCAGAGAAUUUAAGAACAAUAUAUUGCUUCGUUAAGAUGAAUGGAUUCAUAUUUCGAGAAUUUUGUGAUAACAAAAAAGACAUAAUAAUGAAUGACAUUACUUACAUUAAUGAAUCUCUAUUCAAUUUCGAUGUGACGAUGAAGAAUGUGUCCGAUUUUCGAUUAGCACUCAGCAAACGAGAUUGUUCCCACCAGCCUGUAGCAUCCGAUGACCCUCUUAAGAACAGGGUAAUGGAACCUACUGAUUAUACAUAUCACAAUGUAGAUGACGAAAUAGCGGUGACUAUUUCGUUCAGAAAUUUUCACAUGCGCAUUUAUCAAAAUGCUAAUCUGUUUAUAUGUGCCUGUUAUAGGGAUUACUACGCUGAUGAGGAUUCCAAGAUAUGCUUGCUCAGAGACUAUUCUACGAAGGUCGGGAACAUCCUAUCCAGCAACCACAUUUUUGAUACAUCGAUAAACGUGUUUAAUGUUAAUAAGGAGAAAAGUCUAUCCUUAAAUGUCAACAAUGCCGUUAUGGAGAAUAGGGAGAUCUACAUAAUGCAGGGGGAACAUUCCUAUGAAUGUAGAAACUUACGGUUCUUGGAAAAUACACCCCCAACCGGAUUUCAGCAAUUUCUUAAUAUAGAUAUUAGUAAAUCCAUUCAGAGGAUAAGGCCCCGUUUGGACAGCUCCAAGCCCUACUCCACGGUUUAUGCCUACGCGGAUAAAAUUUUUGACUUACAAACGAUGCUCAAUCGGAAUGACGAAUUUACCAAAGAGAUCACUGGACGAAUAGAAAUGAGUCAACGAGGUGGUGGCAGUCAAGGGGGUCAUAGCAAUCAAGGAGGCCAUACCAAUCAACGAGUACACAUCAGUGGGGCGAAAGACAAAGAAGGCAUUACCCACGUCGCCUUUCACAAAAUUUCCAAUUUGAAAAAUGGCUCCAAUUUGAUAUGUAUAAAAAAUCCAUCAUACAGCAAUGUCAUCUUCACUUAUGUAGGCCUAAUUACUUAUAAUGACUACAGCACGUCGAAUGUGAAGUACCUUUUAAAAAAAGAAACCACUGUUUUCGAGGAUAGAGUCUUCCUAAAUGACGUGGCAAAUUUUAGUCUCACCGAUCACUUAUUUUCGUUCAGCACCAUUUCAUGCGCACUUACAGACACCACCUCUUUAAAAGAAUUCUCGUCAAAAAUUGUAGAAGAAACGCACAUUAACAGGCUGAGGAAAUAUUCAGGUGCUUUCUACUAUAAGCAUUUUAAAAGCUCCUUUAGGAGGAGUCCCCAGAAUGAUAUACCCGAGGGGGGGGAAAAAAGGAAUCGCUUCUACACCUUUUCUUUACAAGAAAUAAAGACAAGUGGCGUUUCCCUAAAUUAUCUCUGCGAAAGGAAGAGACAGCUUGAUCCGCUUAGCUCCGUUUCACUCGUCAGCCUUUCCAACUUCCUUUUUUCUCCCUAUGAAGAUUUUGCUCAUUAUUUCCAUGUGAGAAGCCUUCCAGACAGCACACAUAAUAUGUAUCUAACCAGAAAAUUGUUCUGGGUUGUUAGAAACCACUUUAAUAUCGACGGGGGAGACACAGCCCCCUUCAAAAUGAGCAUUUUGUCCCUCUGGUCGCACGAAAGGGAUAAUUAUGUUUCCCUCUGGUUUGUGACGUCUGAGCAUUUGACUCCAUUUUUUCUGAUCAAGUACGACUUUUACGCGCCCACGUUCUCCUUCCUGGAGCUGGUGCCCCCGGAGGGUUCACCAAUCGCUACAUCUAACACGGCUGAUACCGCUCACACUGCUAACCCCCCUAACACAGCUAACACCGCCACAACGGCAGUCCAAACUAGCGGCAUCAACGCGAUCCCCCCAGAGAGCUCCCCAAGCGCAGCCGGCUCGUCCAACAAGCCGCACGCCAUUGCCUACAUCUAUACCUUCAGCACGAAGCAGCUAACAAUGAAGAAGUACCGAACUAGCGAUUUUUACGAACUCACUCUGGAGAACACUAGGUUUACACCAAAGAUAUCGAGAAUAAGCAGUAUAGAUAAAUUCACCUACCUAGGUGAGACCUUUUUUAUACUCCUGAAUCAAGUCAAUUUAGUCUCCCUCCGGAAUAGCCAUUUUGAAGAAAUACACCUGAAGCAUUCGGAUCUUUCUACUUUUAUUAUUUCCACUCCGAUUAAGAUUCAGUGUUUAGGAAAUAGCACCAUCACUUGUUUCGUCCUCUACGAGUCUCACCAGAUUUUGUGGUUUGAUCUUAUGUUGGGUCCAACCAUGGUGUUGGAUUCGUUGAAGGGAGUGGCGCCCGUAAGUGGUGCACAUCCGAAGAAGGGGAUCCACGGAUUGGAGGAAAAGAUGAAGAAGCUAUCCCCAAAGCAGUCAUUCCUACUUCAAAACAGCGGGAAUAAAAGUUUUGGGUUUGAAGAGAAGAACGUCCCAUCAGGAGAGGUAAAAGAAGGAUACAUAAAACAUAUAUAUACAUACAGAGAAAAAGACUUAGAGAUAGCUUCCGAGAUCGCCAAAGACAUGACGGUGAUAAGGAAGCUGGACGAAUACAUCAUUUAUGUCUCCAGCAGUGAGUCAAACAAAUUGCACAUAUACUCAACGGACAAGUCAGAAACGAAAAUAGAAUAUUACAAAUAUGUGAAGAAUGAGCACAUGUCCAGCUACAAGAUAAGUUCCAUUUUUACCUACUCUCAUGAAGACACCAAUUUUAUUAACUCCUUCAUAAGGAAGGAGAAUGACAUGCAUCAUGCUGUAUCGUCUUUCAUGCAUGAGAGGUUGAGCACGACCAAAUUUGAAUACAAAAAAAAUACAUGGCAUCUGUACAAUCAGCAAAUCGAAAUUGUGCCUGUCAUUAAGGGAGAUAAGAGACAGAUAAAAUAUUUCGCGAUAACUGAUAUGAGCCCCUCUCUAAAGGGGCAGAAUAUAAGUAUCCACAAAAAAACGGGAGUAAUACUACUCAAGCUGAACAGAAUUGAGACGCCACAAAUCGAACUGCGUGUGACCAUGCAUGGAUUAUUUCAUGUCUCCACUUCACAUGUCCGCUUCAAUGUCGUCUGCAUGAAUGGGCACUACUUUGAAAAUAAAAAGUGUAAACCAUGUCCGAAGGGCUCCUACAACAAUCUUAAGGAGAUCAAAAAGAAUAUGAAAUGGUACACUUCGUGCAUCCCGUGUAAGACAAAUCAGACAACCUUUGAGCCGGUGCCCACCAGUGAGAAGCACUGCCUUUGUGACGUAGGGCAUGAAUAUAUAAUAGACCCCAAAAAUCGUCACCAGUUUAUUUGCUCUCCCUGCAAAUUUGGCGAAUAUAAGGAUACCAUAUCGAAUAGACUAUGCAAAGGGAAUGGGUGCAUCGAAAAUUCAACCUCGCACAUAUUGGGGGCGAAAACUGAGGCAGAAAGUUCGUGCAGCUGUAACGCUGGCUACUUCUUAACCUUCGAUUUGUUUGGCUCCAGUAUAUGUGAAACCUGUCCGGCAGAUCAUUACUGUCCUAGUAACUUUGAGAAAAUACAAAAGUGCCCCAAACAUAACGAGACCUUGCGAGGUGAGCGACGAACCGAUUUUACCACCAUGGGUAGCUGCCUCUGCAAAAAGGGAUAUGAACCUAUCAACAUGAAAAAGGUACAGCAAAAGGGAUCAAGAGAAGAGCAUUAUUAUAACCUCUUCUUUAGUAGCUACUCUUAUAAACCGAAUGAGAUUGACCCCAAACACAUCUGCAUGCAAUGCAACAUAGGUUAUUACAAAGAUACCGUAUCAUCAGAAGAGUGUAAAAAAUGUCCAAACAAAUCUAUGAAUAAAACGUUUGGAAGCACCACCAUAGAAAGUUGCAACUCAUGUUAUAGUGGUUACUACAAAGAUUCAGAGAAGGUCUGUUCUACAUGCCUCCCUAACCACUUCUGUGUGGGUAACUUCCCACCAGACGGAUUGACUCAAUACACUGGAGAUGCAGUCAUAUGUCCAAACAACUCUGUCACAAAGGAGCCCAACAAAUCUAAUAACUCCUUUAAGGAUUGCUUAUGUGUCGAAGGGUACGUAAAGCAUCUGCAAGAAUCGUACAAUUUAAAUGAGCACUGUAAAUUGGCCCCACUCAACUUUUACAAAGACACUAUAUCGAACGACUUAGGCACCCCCUGUCCCUCCAACAGCGUGACCCUAGUGGAGGGGGCUAAAUCUAUUCACGAGUGCAUAUGCAGUAAGGGCUUCUUCUAUAGCAGGAGAAGGGGAAUGUGUAUGGAAUGCCCCAUAGGAUACUACUGUCCGGAGAAAAACAGCAAGAGCAAAUUUAGGGGGCCUGUAAAAUGCCCUGAAAACUCUAGGAAUGUAAAAACGGGUUCUUACGAAUUGGCUAACUGCCAGUGCAACUUUGGCUACACCCCCAAUGGGGCGGCCAAUAAGGUUAUAAAUGCGUACACGUCUGAGAGGCAGAUUACCCGUCAUACUAUCCGCCAUAGUAUCCCCCAUACUAGCGAACAACCCAGUCACUUCUCCCCCUUUUUGCACUUCGGGAAAGUCCUAACAAGGGAGAACCGCUUCAUUCAUAUUAUGCCAAACGAGGUUGAUACCCAAGAACAGAGCAAGACACUUAUGAAGAACCCCUCCUUGCUGCUAUGCAGUAGGUGCCCCAAUUCGACCUACAAAUCUACCAUAGCGAACGAAGCCUGUCACGAGUGUCCCCCUAAUAGUGUUACUCUUACGAAUAUGAGCAACUCAGAUUUCUACUUCUGCCUCUGCCGCGAGGGGUACUAUUUGGAAGAACAAAAGUGCAAACCUUGCUCCUUCACGAAACUGUACUGCCAAGGUGAGAGCAUAUUCGAAGUGCCCCCGGACAUGUACAAUCAGAUGAUCGAAAUGAUUAGGAGACACAUCGGAUCGUUUGGCCCAUCCCACGGGCGACGCUUCGUUAACUCGAUGAUCCGCGAAUAUAGUGUGCGCUGGGGCAAGGGAGCGCACAGGGGCGGUAGUGGGGGUGGAGGUGGCAGUGUGGAUGUGCACGGGGGGAAGAAGGAGGAAAGUCAGAUGGGGGGUCAAUCGACCAGUCAGGGUGGAAACGCGGAUGGAUCUCAGUGGGGGGGUCAGCAUAUGGCUAAGGACGCAUCUCACAGCGGAGCUGCUGUUCGACCCGACGAAGACGCCCCUCCGGGUAAGUCGCGCACGCAACGCAAACGGCACAGGAGACUCCCCAUCAGUAGCUACUUCGGUAAUCCCCUCCCCGUCAUGCUGCUCAGCCGCCUAAGCAGAAUGUCGGAUGCGUCCACAAGUCUCUCCCUGAAGAGGCAUCAGCUAGCAGGUCCUCCAAAUGGGCACAUAAACCAGAAAAGAAAAGAAGACGAUUUAGUGAACCUUCUUCUGAAGACCUUCUUCUACAGAGACAAUACCAACGUGAUGUACGCAAAGUAUCAGCGGCUUGUGAAAUGCCCAGAUAACACGGCAAUCCCGCUGGGAGUAGAUUCUGCCCACAACUACGAUGACUGUAAAUGUGCCAAGGGGUACUACCUACAAUGGAAGGAUAUCAGCAGAUCGGUUAAGCUAUGCAAACCGUGUAAAGAAGGGACAUUCAAAAAUUUCGUUGGAGAUGAAACGUCGUGCGUGUCUUGUCCCCCUAAGUCGACAAGUCUGGAAGGAUCUAUCUACCCAACGCACUGCUUCUGUAAGGAGGGUUUUUUUUACAGUAAACAAAACUGUUUGGCUUGCUUAGAAGGGGCGACAUGCAAAGGGGGAUUAUACCAAAAUGCCUUGAGUAGGAUCCAGUUAGGGUUAGAAAAUAUUCACAUAACUUCGGAAGAUCAUGUAAAGCCAGAAUCAAAAAGAGGAUACUACUUAGAUGAGGUGAUGACAAAGAAUGUCGAUGUAAGUCAGUGGAAGUUUAUAAAGUGUCCAAUACAAGGUGCGUGUCUUGAACGAAAUAAAUGUCAUCACAGUAUGAAUAAUUACUUAUGUGUGGAAUGUGCAAAGGGGUAUACGAACACGUUUAUGCGAUCUGUGUGUGUUAAGUGUCCAAAUAACAUCGUCAACAUGGUUAUCCUAUUCUCCAUCUACAUUACAUUCUGCUUUAUCAUCAUUCUGAUAUCCUACUUGAAUGUGUCUUCUGGAUUUUACCGAAAGUCCAUCCAUUCCAUUGUUAUAAAAAUUGCCGUCAAUUACAUUUCCAGCAUGCUGCUGAUUAACAUUCUGGAAGAUAAGAAUCUGCUUCUACCAGAAUUUGUGCACCAGUUGUAUAGGGAAGUUACGAAGCUCAUAAAUAUAGGAGAGAGCAGACGAAUCAUCAGCAUCGAUUGUUUAUUGAGACAUUAUUUUGACGUAACCUAUGCCGACUCUUUCUUCUACUCCAGUUUGUUAUUUUUUUUUAUCCCGGUACUGCUCAUGGGGACGUUAACCUUGAUCCUGUUUGUUAUCCUGAAAAUAUACACCUUAUCGCGGAAGAGGGCAAUUGAGAACAAACUGGACUUACUUAGUAUAGCCAAAAGGGAGAGAAUUCACUUCUUGGCUAACUGCCUGGAGAAAUCCUAUUCCAAAGAAAGGUUUAUCAUGAUAUUGAGGUAUAUAAAAUUAGAACAGUACACUUGGAUGGAUAGAGCAUUUAUCUUUUUCGAAGAUAUGAUUCCAGUGUAUGUUACCUUUCUAUUUAUGAUCCAUGCGAAGACGUCUAUGAGAAUGUUUCAGCUAUUUGACUGCUCCUACAUUAUGUAUACAAAACAUCUGGGUAGAUAUAUCCUAAGUAGGGUCAGCAGUAUCCAGUGUGAUUUGAAGACGGAUUAUUUGAAGUUUUUCAUUCUCGGUUUAUCCGGAACGGUUAUAUGGUCCCUGGGCAUCCCUUUCUUAUCCUUCUUCGUCCUGUACACAAAUAGGCACAAUUUGUUUCAAGAAAAUGUUCGCAUAAAAUACGGCUUUCUACACAAUGGAUAUUUGCCAAACAGGUGGUACUGGGAAAUUAUCGUCUUUGCGAGGAAAAUAUUUUUUCUUUUCAUCACCACAGUUGUCUUAUUCCCAUCGGACGAAACGAACACUUCCAAGUUGCUGCUAAUUACCUUCAUCGCCAUUUUCUCCCUGUGUGUGCAUUUCAUCUUUCAGCCAUUUGACAAGAGAAAUUUUUUUACCCUAAACAAGUUGGAAAAUACAAGUCUGUUCAUAUGGACAUCAACCAUCGUUGUGACAUCCCUUUUGCUUUCUAUCAAUCUGAAUGAAUUCCUCAAUUUUGUCAUUUUAUUUUCCCUAAUUUUGCUGCAUGUCAUCUUCACUGUGAAAUUGCUGAUUUGCUUGUUCUACGAGUGCAUCGAUAACCUCAGGAGGAAGAAGGCCCUCUACCACGUGCCCAUUCUUGGCACCUUUGCCAAAACGCUCGUCGACGUUGUGCAAAAGAGAAAGGAACAGGAGCCCCUAAUUUACUACGACAAGAAUGCAAGACAAAUUUCGAUUAUUUUACCUGACCGCGUUAGGGAGAAAAAAAAAAAAGUAAGACUUUUUGCUGACUCGUUUAGGCGAGUUUUCAAAAAUGUCCGCGGCUUUUGGAAAAAGGGGAUGAAGCUGAAGCGGCGGUGGGAGGAUCGCGGCGUGGGGGGAAACCACGCCAAUGAUAAUGACAGUUUUGGCAGUUUUGGUAGCUAUGGCAGCUAUGGCAACUUUGGCAACUGUGGCAGCUGUGACAACUGUGGAAGCACCCACAAGGGGAAUCACUGCGCCAGUCGCGGAGGGGAUACGCAGCUCAAGCAAAGCGCAGGAGAUCUCCCAAACGACGAAUCCCUUGAAGACAUCAACGGGAGGCCAUCAAAAAAGGGGGCGAAAGGAAGACCAACAUGUGCAGGCAAGAAUGACGCACAAAAUGGAAGCCUGAACGUGCAGGGAAAAGAAGGAAACCAAAAUGAUCACCACCUUUUCGCACAAAAUUUAUCGGGAAAUGAAAAAAUGCGUUUCUGCCUUUUUCCCAAAAAUGAUAGCAACUCCGUCUGUGCAAAUAUCAACAAGGAGCAGCGAAUGUUCGCAAUUGAAAUUUACAAAGAAUUGCUAGACAUAUUCAUGAAGAACGUCACGUUAACGUACAUUUCGGAAAUCUUUUUCGAGUUCAUAUUUAAAAUUACCAUCAACAUAGGAAACUUGAUUGACAACCUGGACCAGAAGGAUAAAAUAUUUGUGUCCAUGGAUCAGGAGCAGAACUUUAAGAACAUCAUUCAGUGGUCUCUCGAACGGAUGGAAAAAUGUAGCGAAAAUAAAAAGUUGGAAGAGAGCAAAAUAAUUAAUUUGAAAAAUUGCAAAUAUGAUUUUGGUCUGCUUAAUGUCGAUACGCUGCAAGUUCCUUCUUCGCUCUUUGAAGAGGAACGAAUGGAGUCCUAUCGAAACAUUGACAGGACCGCACCAGGGAAGUCGUCUAGAGAAACUUCUGGAAAGUCCAGCCUAGGCGGAAAGGGCCCCGAAAUUCAAGUGUCCGAUGAAGAGAAAGAGAAACUCUUCUCAUUCUUCAGCGACGAUCUCCUGGACAAGAAAAUCCCCCUCUCGGAAUUUUAUCUAAUCCUCACAGAACUGAAGAUCAAAUACUGCGGAAACCUCACUGCAUACUUUUACAUGUUCAGGCUAUACAAAAAAUUGGAAAAGCUCCAGGAAAGGAAGAAACUUAGAAGGCUAAACAAGAAGCUGCGGAAGUGCCAACGAAUUAGUGACACGAGGAAGAAAAAGUCCCGCGAACAGACGUUCGAGAAGGACAAAAUAAAAGAAAAAACAGCUCUACUGUACAAGGAACAUAAACACCUGACUAAAAUGUUGGAGCAGCUGAAAGGGCAAUACAUUAAUAUAAGUAGGAACGACUCGGAAAUUUUUUCAUCCGACGAAUUUGGAAUGCCCGAUGUGGAUGGCGACAUUUCCCUUUCCAGUGGGGGCUCCAUGGAGGGCGUACUUCUUUCGAUGGGUUCCAAUCAGAAGGAAGCUGGAAGCGAGCGGAACUUCAAAUGA